AUGGUUUUGAAUCUUACCAAGGGAACAAUCUUCAUGUUUGCAACAGGACUUGGCAUUGUGGGGAACAUCUUUGUCCUUAUGAAAUAUAUAUGCUUGUUUAGAAGUGCUGUGAAAUCUGUAGAACUUAUUCUCAUCCAUUGCUUUACAAAUAUCAUAACAUUUCUUACAAAAGGGAUGAUAAUGACAAUAUCCAGAUUUCUGUUAAUAAACCUCAUGAAUGAUGUAGGCUGUAAGAUUUUGAUUUACCUCAAUAGGGUGGCACGGGGCCUGUCCAUCAGUGCCACCAGUCUCCUCAUGGUGGUCCAGGCCAUCACCAUCAGGCCCAGAACCUCCAGGUGGAGAAGGCUGCAGCCCAGGUCUGCCUGGAACAUCCUUCCCUUGUUGAUCUUCUUCUGGAUUCUCAAUUCCUUGAUAAGCAUGAACUUACCAUUUUACAUCAAACAUGUCAACAGCCUGAAAACCUCAAAUAUCAGUAAAAACAAUGAUUACUGUUAUUUUGAAUCAGAAAACAGGAUAAUCAGAUGGACUUUUAUUGUUCUCAUGGUCCUUCGAGUUGCUGCUUUCCAGGGUGUCAUGGGCUGGGCCAGUGGCUACAUGGUGUUCCUCCUCCACAAGCACCACCAGCAUGUCCUCUACCUGCAGACCUCCAAGCUCCUCUACCUGCAGACCUCCAAGCUCCUCUACAGAAUUCCCCGUGAGAUGAAGGCUGCUCAAAGUGUUCUCCUUCUGAUGCUCUGUUUUCUCUUCUUCUAUUGGACAGAUUGUUUUACUUCUUUAUAUUUAACUUUCUCAUUAGGGACAGAUUCCAUUACAAAUGGUCUUCAUGAAUUUCUCACCAUUGAUUAUGCAAUUGUGAGCCCAUUUUUGCAGAUUCACAGAGAGGGACACUUCACUACUUGUUGGUUUGCUCAGUGA